CUCUGUCAAAAAAGGGAAGGGAAGGGAAAGCUAGAAGAGAAAAGGAUCAAAGCGUGAAUUAAUUAGUAGACGGAAAGAAUCCCACUCUCUCAACUAACGUUUUUGAUUCAUUACUUGCUCUCUCCUCUCCGAAUCAAAAGGCACACACGCACAUAUAGUUACAGAGAGAGCAAGAAAGCGAGAAGAAAACGGAGAUGGAGUCAACAUUGCUCUCUGCUGGUGCUUCUACAAUGUCGAUUUUCUCCUUCUCCAAGUCUCUCAGUUCCCAUUCCGCCCCUCUCAUUCUAUACCUCCACCGCCGAUUAUCCACCUCUCACCCCACUCGGCUCGCUCAUGCCCAGCUCCGCCGAUUCGGCGAGUUGAGCCGGACGGGGCCGGGUUCCCUGUGCCAGCGCCGGGACCGAUUGCGGUUUGCUGCGAGAUCUGCGGCGUCGUUUGCGGCCGGCGGCGGAGGGUUUGGUGGCAUUGAUGGGGGUGCUGGUGGAGGCGGCGGUGGAGAUGGUUCGGCGGAGGGUGGCGAUGCUAAGCCGGCCGCCGUGGCUCCCGGUGCUGCGGACAACCCGGCUUUAAGCUCUGAUGUUAUUAUUCUUGAUGUUGGAGGGAUGACAUGUGGGGGAUGCGCAGCAAGUGUGAAGAGAAUUUUAGAAAGUCAACCACAGGUUUCUUCAGCCAGUGUAAAUCUCACAACUGAGACAGCAAUUGUAUGGCCUGUAUCUGAAGCCAAGGUUGCACCAAACUGGAAAAAGGAUAUCGGGGAGGCUCUUGCGAAGCAUUUGACUAGUUGCGGCUUCAAAUCUAAUCUUAGAGAUUUAAGAAGGGUGAACUUCUAUGAGACAUUUGAGAAGAAAAUAAAUGAGAAGCACAAGCUGCUUAAAGAAAGUGGUCGUGGACUUGUUGUUUCUUGGGCUCUCUGUGCUGUGUGCAUUGUUGGCCAUAUCUCUCAUUUGUUUGGAGCCAAGGCAGCAUGGAUUCAUGCAUUGCACUCCACAGGAUUCCACAUGUGUUUGUCUCUCUUUACAUUGCUUGGCCCUGGCCGCCAGCUCAUUAUGGAUGGUCUGAGAAGUCUUCUUAGAGGGGCUCCGAAUAUGAAUACACUAGUUGGUCUUGGGGCCUUAUCAUCUUUUGCUGUCAGUUCCUUGGCAGCCUUCAUUCCAAAACUGGGAUGGAAAACGUUCUUUGAAGAACCAGUUAUGUUGAUAGCAUUUGUCUUACUUGGGAGGAAUCUUGAACAGAGGGCCAAGAUAAGAGCAACCAGUGACAUGACUGGCCUCCUCAGUAUUUUGCCAUCUAAAGCUCGUCUUCUGAUUAGUGGUGAUGCAGAAGAGUCGAGCUCAACUGUUGAAGUGCCUUCUAAUAGUCUUUCUGUGGGAGACCAAAUCAUUGUACUGCCUGGUGAUCGUAUUCCAGCUGAUGGAAUUGUCACAGCAGGCAGAAGCAGUGUUGAUGAGUCAAGUUUUACAGGGGAGCCUCUUCCUGUUACUAAAUUACCUGGGGCUGAAGUUGCAGCUGGAAGCAUAAACUUAAAUGGAAGAAUUAAUGUUGAGGUGCGGAGACCAGGUGGUGAGACCGCAAUUGGGGACAUUGUCCGUCUGGUUGAAGAGGCACAGACUAGAGAAGCACCCGUACAACGGUUGGCUGACAAGGUUGCUGGACACUUUACAUAUGGAGUAAUGGCGCUUUCUGCUGCCACAUUUAUGUUCUGGAAUCUUUUUAGUUCACGAAUUCUCCCAGCUGCUCUUCACCAAGGGAGUUCCAUGUCAUUGGCAUUGCAACUUUCCUGUAGUGUUCUGGUUGUAGCAUGUCCUUGUGCACUUGGACUAGCAACACCUACAGCAGUGCUGGUUGGAACUUCACUUGGUGCUACAAGAGGACUGCUUUUGCGUGGUGGAAGUAUCUUGGAAAGAUUUUCCACAGUUAACACAAUUGUGUUUGACAAAACUGGGACAUUAACUAUUGGUAAACCUACUGUGACAAAAGUAGUGACACAAGGCCACCAAGCAGAUACAAAAUCAGAGCUAGAUCCGACUUCAACUCAUAAAUGGUCUGAAGUUGAAGUUUUGAAGUUAGCAGCUGGAGUAGAAUCAAGUACAAUUCAUCCAAUUGGAAAAGCAAUCGUGGAGGCUGCGAAGACUUUGCUCUGUCCGAAUGUGAAGGUAGCGGAAGGAACAUUUACCGAGGAACCUGGGUCUGGUGCAGUUGCAACUAUUGAUGAGAAGAAGGUAGCUGUUGGUACACUGGAGUGGGUUCAGAGGCAUGGAGUAGUUGGUGACAGUCCCUUCCAAGAAGUUGAGGAGUUCAAAAAUCAAUCAGUUGUGUAUGUUGGAGUAGAUGGUGUUCUUGCUGGAGUAAUUUAUGUUGAGGAUCAGAUCAGAGAAGAUGCCAGGCAUGUCAUUGAAUGGUUGACUUGCCAAGGAAUCAACACUUAUUUGCUUUCAGGCGACAAAAGAAGUGCGGCUGAAUAUGUCGCAUCUGUUGUCGGUAUUCCAAAGGAAAGGGUGCUGUAUGGAGUCAAACCUGAUGAAAAGAAGAAGUUUGUAAGCAGACUUCAGGAGAAUCAACACAUCGUAGCUAUGGUUGGUGAUGGAAUAAAUGAUGCAGCUGCCCUUGCUUCAUCGCAUGUAGGAGUUGCCAUUGGUGGAGGUGUGGGGGCUGCUAGUGAGGUCUCUUCGAUUGUCCUAAUGCAGAACAGGUUGUCCCAGUUACUUGACGCACUGGAGCUGAGUAGACUUACCAUGAGGACUGUGAAGCAAAACCUUUGGUGGGCCUUUGCAUACAAUAUUGUUGGAAUACCAAUAGCAGCUGGAACAUUACUGCCCGUGACCGGAACAAUGUUAUCACCUUCAAUUGCUGGUGCACUGAUGGGUUUGAGUUCUAUAGGUGUAAUGACAAACUCAUUGCUUCUCAGGCUGAAGUUUAAAUCAAUACAGAAAGAUAUAUUUAAGACAUCAUUAUACAUCAAAGCCCCCUUAGAUGCAGACAACACUGCAAACGAAAGUGAGAGAUUGAAGCACCCAUAUACAGCUGCUAGAUAAGGCUUUCAGGAUUGAAGGGAUGGAACCCAGUAAAUAUUUUGUACUUAAGUUUUAGAUGAUAGUAUGAUGGGAGUCAAUUGGCAGAGGAGUCAAAAUUUUCUUAGGGUGCUGGGAAGAGGAUCGUUUGGUUUAUGUGAGUUUUCUGCAGCCUGAAUCUGGAAUAAGCUAAAGCAUGCUAACGAUUUGAUUGUAUCCAGUUAUACAAUCAACUCUGGCAUGGAAGAGAAGUUGAAAUGAUAUCAAUUCGUGGUUUGUAUGUUUACCAUUUCAUAUUUUAAUUUUGUGAAUGUAAAUAUUGCAAGGUCAUAUGAAACUGUCCUGGUUCAAGUUUUCUGAGACAUUUUGCAGUA